AUGGCAGAAAACGACCGAAUCCCAGAAAGAAAUGAGUCAAAUGCAGAUGGGAGUAGAGGCCGUGACUCCGACAACAUUAAUGAUGAAGGAACACAAAUUGACGUUGAUGAUGGCGUUAUCGGAGAUGCAGAUGAACCGUCAAUGGAUGGUUUUCAGGCACGUUGCCACAGUGAUGUAACGGACGAUAACAGCGUACAAGCCGAGAGGCCUCUGAGUGGGGCAUAUCUGGAAUGCGACAGGAAUAGCCUCAUAAACAACAACGACCAGCUGCAAAUAGGCAAACUAAGUUCACGUGAAUCAAUUGGGCAUAAACCGUGUUCCGAGAAAAUUGACGACAUUGAUACGAAACAUUCUCUGCAUUUCCAAGAUAUUGCGAUUACAGAGCCGGAAAUAAAGGAUAACCCAGACGUGACUCGUGCUGUGGAGGUUCCAAGUUCCGCUAACAAGGACGUACAGAAGGAUUUAUUUCGCUAUGUGGGAACUAACGAUGUUCUGGGAAUACGUAAACUGAUCAAGUCAGCUGACUUACAAGUUAAAAAAGAUGGUUACACCUUGUUGCACCAGGCAGCUAUAUUCAACGUGCCCAGCCUAGUGAGUGCUCUAUUUCAUUUCACUGAAUUCAGCCUACUGAUCGAACAACCUGUGCAAUGUUAUGAUGCGAAUAUUGGCAAAACAGCCAGAGAACUCGCGAAAAAUAAAGGGGACUGGAAACUGGUGAAAAUAAUCGAGGAUUACUCACGCAUGGAGAACCAGCUUAGUGAUUUGCACCGUGCUGCUAGACAGGGUGAUUUGGAAUCCGUGCAGACCCUUUGCGAGACAGGCGUUGACGUUGAUUUGCCAGUUAACGAUAAUAUAACGUCAUUAUAUAUGGCUACUAGCGCUGGACAUCUCGAUGUGGUUAAAAAGCUCGUCGAAUGGGGCGCCGAUAUCAAUACACGACACAGUCGAGGGGAUACCUUUCUGCACCGUGCUGCGUCGUGGGGUCAUUAUGAUAUCGCCGAAUACCUACUUUCAACCGGAAUGGAGUCCCUCGAUAUCGACGCUGUCAACGAGGAUUCCGAAACUGCGUUGCACAGAGCUGUUUGUUAUAACCACAUUGAUAUUUCUCGGUUGUUGUUACAGAAUGAAGCGGAUCCAAAUAUCGCAGACAAAACCCAGAACAGUCCUCUCCAUAUAGCUGUAUGUAAUAACUACCCAAACUUAGUGGAACUUCUCCUACACAAGGGAGCAAAUCCCGAUGUAUGGAAUUUGGACGGAUUGACACCUUUGCACAUGGCUUGCACCAACAAUCUGUGCAGUAUAGUGCAAUUGUUGAUUGAUCACUCGUCCAGUGUCGACAUUCGUGACAAGGAGAACCAUCGGUCGCCUUUACACAUAGCUGUGUAUUAUGGUUAUUAUGAAGUGUCAGCCUAUUUGUGUAAGUGCGGCGCCGAUACCAACACGCGUGAGAAAAAUGGCUGGCAUCCACUGUCACUAGCAGUGGCAGGAAAUCAUGCGGAAAUUGUUAAACUGCUGAUAGAUUCUAAGAGCGACGUGAAUAAAAUUGUACCAUCCAAUCCCAUAGAUAAUAAUGAUUGUACCGUGAAACAGUUGGAGUCUGAAUUAGACAGACAUCGCAGUUUUAGGAAGAACGAACAUAAUCAUAAACUAACCGUCCUUCAUAUUGCUGCAGAAAAUGGAGCUGCGGUAAUCGUUGAAUAUCUCAUGAAGGCAAAGGCAUGCGUGGAUGCUAAAGAUGUAUCAGGAAGAUCGUCGUUGCAUGUGGCUGCCUUGAAAGGAAACCUAGACGUUGUUAAACUGCUACUACGUGGAGGAUCAUUUGUAGACCUCGUAACAAACAGAAAUGCAACUGCUCUUCACCUAGCCGCCAAAGCUGGACAUGCAUCUGUUGUCAAAUAUCUUCUCAAAAAAGGUGCAAAGCCAAAUGCCGUGACAAUGGCGAUACAGACCACUCUGCAUUGGGCAGCAAGUCAAAACAACAUUGAUGUAGUGCUUUAUAUUAUGAAAUACGGAGCCCAGAUAGAUGCAUUUGAUUUGAACGACUGGACUCCGCUUUAUUGCGCCGCUCAGUUUGGACAGGAUAAGGUCAUUCGUCUUCUGCUAGCUAAUGGUGCCAACAUUGAAGGUGUCAAGGAGAGAGAGACGCCGUUGCACGUCGCGGCAAGUAGAGGGCGGGUUGAAUGCAUAAUUGUACUACUGGAGCACGGGGCUAACAUCGAAGCCAAAGAUUCUAACAUGCAGACAGCGCUUCAUCGAGCGGCGAAUUCCGGGUUUUGCGAUGCAGUUCACACACUGCUACAGCAUGGUGCCGAUAUCAAUGCUGUCGAGAUGGGAGAAUUAACAGCUCUUCAAUUGGCCUGUAUGAAAGAUAAUCUGGAGGUUGUUACAUGCCUGCUAGAAAACGGCGCCGAAGUAAACCAUAAGGACAGAUUUGGAACAACGGCUCUGCACAUAUCCGCUUCACAUGGACAUGUGUCUGUAGUGAACUAUCUUAUUGAACACAGGGCAGACCUCCAAGCGAUCGAUGAAAAUGGGCUAACCCCGCUGCAUAAUGCAGCAAGGUGUGGACAUCAACAACUUACCGAAGCAUUGAUAGAUGCAGGGGCAGAAAUUAACGUCGGUGACAAAAGCAGUUUUACUCCACUUCAUCAUGCUGCUCAAAGGGGACACGGCGAGGUUGUGGGAGCACUUUUGAUUAAAGGUUCUGCCGACGCUAACACAAUGUCGGAGGAAGAACAAACCCCACUUCAUCUUGCUACCAUUGCCAUCCACCAACACGUUAUCGAUUUGCUCCUCCGUUACGGGGCUGCUGUCAACAUGCGUGAUAGGCAGAAAUCCACUGCGCUGAUUUAUGCUGCAAAGGGUGGUAAUCUCUACGUUGUGAAGAAGCUCCUCCAAAAUUCAGCAAAUACCAGCGUGGCUGAUUACAUGAAGAAAACCCCUCUACAUUAUGCUGCAGAAAAUGGUCACCUCGUCGUGGCUGAGGCGUUAAUAGAGAGAAGUGCAGAUGUCAACGCACCGGACAAAAACGGGGACACGCCUUUAGCUUUGGCACUAAGGCAUGACCACAUGUCGACGUCAACAUUUCUGAAGGAGAAGGGUGGCGUUACGCUGAAAUCAAAAUUACAGUGUUCUUUAUUUUGA